GAUUAAGGGAUAACAUACACUUGAAAAAGAUGCAAUUUCCUGACUCGCUUUAUUUCGUCUCGCUUCAAUCUAAAGGAAAUGACUGAAAUAUAUUGUCUUCAGUACAACACAUUCUUAAAAAUUUUCUUUUCAUGAGAUUCCACAAAUAUCCAAUAUUCUGUGUAUGACUCUCAUCAUCUAGGUCAUCGUAUUUCUUAUUCUAUCUAACAACCAAAUGUUCAAAAAUGCUACCGCCUAUUUUAUCAAUACAAUUGUCCGCACACCACAACGGAUAGUGUGUUCCUGAGUUAAAUUAUGUCUACAAAACACCUACUACUUGCGCAUUCCUUUGUAUCCCGACUAUUUUUCCUUUUAGAAGGAAUCUGAUGACUUUGCGAUGAGAAUUUAUCACCCACAACAUAUGAAGCUGUAAGAUUUCAAAGAAUGAAGAAUGACAUUAUCAAGAGCAAUUCCUCUGAAUUGAGAUUAAAUACAAAAAUUUGAACAGAUGGAAGUAUUUUUACUGGGUAAUUAUGUGUAAAAAUUACAGCAGGAAACUAUUAUGAUACACUAAUGUGUAAUGUUUCUUCUAACUGGAUAUUUUUUGAGAACUGAAGCAAGAUUAACUCUUGGAAAUGUUAUCUUUAUAUCUGAAAUAUUGUCAGACUUUGACUGUUGAGGAAAAUCUUUAUAACAAAUAAAGAAAUAGUUCCUAUAAAUUAUAUAAAAUCAUGGAAACAGCUGUACUUUUACAAGAUACUAUGGAGGAAAAGCUGUUUGAGAAUCAAGUUGAAGAUGAAAAUAAUGGUGCUGCUCACCAGAAACAGGAAGAUACAGAGAAUAAAUUAUAUCCUUGUAGUGUUUGUGGAAAAUCUUUCAAAGCAAGAAAUCAUUUAAUUCAACAUAAAGUAAUGCACAGAAGUUCAAAACGUUAUCAUUGUGAAAUUUGUGACAAAAACUUUACUACAAAUAGAUCUUUAUCUUAUCACCGACGUAUUCACACGGGUGAAAGACCAUACCACUGUGAUAUUUGUGGUAAAGCUUUCGCUCAGAGCGGACAUUUGUCAAAUCAUAAACGAAUACAUACUGGAGAAAAGCCGUACAAGUGUGAAGUCUGUGGUAAAUCCUUUUCUGUAAAUAGCGAUUUAACUUGUCACAAGCGUGUUCAUACAGGAGAGAGACCAUAUCACUGCGAUAUAUGUGGUAAAUCUUUCUCUCAGAGUGGUUAUUUAUCAACUCACCUACGUAUUCAUGCAGGGGAGAAACCAUAUCACUGUGAUAUUUGUGGUAAAACGUUUUCCGGUAACAGUGAUUUAUCACGCCACAAACGUGUUCACACGGGAGAGAAACCAUAUCGCUGUGAUAUCUGUGGUAAAGCAGUGUCUCGCAGUAGUAUUUUAUCUAGCCAUAAGCGUAUUCACUUUAGAGAGAAACCAUAUCAAUGUAAUGACUGUGGUAAAACAUUUUCUAAUAACGGUCAUUUUUUGAGUCACAAAUGUAAUAACAGAGAUGCGAAACCAUAUAGUUGUCAAACCUGUUGUAAAACCUUUUCUUGUUGUAGUAGUUUAUCUAAGCACAAACGUACUCAUACAGAUCUGAAGCCAUACUUUUGUGAUAUCUGUGGUAAAGCAUUUUCUCAACGUAAUAAUUUAUCGAUCCACAAAUACAUUCACACUGGGGAGAAACCCUACAACUGUGAAACCUGUGGCAAAACAUUUUCUGGAAGUAGCAGUUUGUCUCGCCACCAACGUAUUCAUACAGGUGAAAGACCAUACCAUUGUGAUAUUUGCAGUAGGACAUUUUCUUGUAGCAGUCAUUUAUCUAAACAUAUUCGCAUCCACACUGGCGAAAAGCCAUACCACUGCGAUAUCUGUGAUAAAGCCUUUUCUGGAAGCAGUGAUUUAUCACGUCACCAGCGCAUUCAUACAGGUGAAAAGCCAUACCAUUGCGAUGUUUGUGGCAAAACAUUUUCGUGUAGUAGUCAUUUAUCUAAUCAUAUUCAUAUUCAUACCGGAGACAGACCAUAUCAGUGUGAUAUUUGUGGUAGGUCUUUCUCUCUAAGCGGAAAUUUAUCAAAGCACAUUCGUAUUCACACAGGAGAAAAACCAUAUCACUGUGAUAUUUGUGGUAAAACGUUUUCCGGUAACAGUGAUUUAUCACGCCACAAACGUGUUCACACGGGAGAGAAACCAUAUCGCUGUGAUAUCUGUGGUAAAGCAGUGUCUCGCAGUAGUAUUUUAUCUAGCCAUAAGCGUAUUCACUUUAGAGAGAAACCAUAUCAAUGUAAUGACUGUGGUAAAACAUUUUCUAAUAACGGUCAUUUUUUGAGUCACAAAUGUAAUAACAGAGAUGCGAAACCAUAUAGUUGUCAAACCUGUUGUAAAACCUUUUCUUGUUGUAGUAGUUUAUCUAAGCACAAACGUACUCAUACAGAUCUGAAGCCAUACUUUUGUGAUAUCUGUGGUAAAGCAUUUUCUCAACGUAAUAAUUUAUCGAUCCACAAAUACAUUCACACUGGGGAGAAACCCUACAACUGUGAAACCUGUGGCAAAACAUUUUCUGGAAGUAGCAGUUUGUCUCGCCACCAACGUAUUCAUACAGGUGAAAGACCAUACCAUUGUGAUAUUUGCAGUAGGACAUUUUCUUGUAGCAGUCAUUUAUCUAAACAUAUUCGCAUCCACACUGGCGAAAAGCCAUACCACUGCGAUAUCUGUGAUAAAGCCUUUUCUGGAAGCAGUGAUUUAUCACGUCACCAGCGCAUUCAUACAGGUGAAAAGCCAUACCAUUGCGAUGUUUGUGGCAAAACAUUUUCGUGUAGUAGUCAUUUAUCUAAUCAUAUUCAUAUUCAUACCGGAGACAGACCAUAUCAGUGUGAUAUUUGUGGUAGGUCUUUCUCUCUAAGCGGAAAUUUAUCAAAGCACAUUCGUAUUCACACAGGAGAAAAACCAUAUCAGUGUAAUAUUUGUACUGAAACAUUUUCUCAUUCCAGCCAGUUGGCUAAGCAUAAAGUUGUACAUACAGUGAUCAAACCAUGUCCAAAUGAAAGUACUUUUGAUGCUGUGUCAUAAAAUAAGUUAUCAUGGUUAGUUUUUAUAUUGAGAUAUUUUGUUGUAAAACAUUGUUGGAAAAUAGAUUUAUUGCUCUAUA